AUGUUACCAAUACCAUCUGAAUUAUUAAAGAAUGAUGGAAACGGUGAAAAUAAAUUUACAAAAGCAUUUAAUGAAAAUAAUAAAGUUAUUUAUAUUGCUCAACUUAGAGAUGAAACUAAAAAUGUUGAUUUACAAUUUUGUCGUAGAGUUUUAGCCUAUGUAUUAAAAUGCCCAAAAAGAACAUAUUGGGAAAAAUGUCAUCAAUCAAAAGCUAAAGAAAUAAAAGAUUGUUAA